AUGGCUUUUCCUAAAACAUCUGUAGUGACAUCACAUGAAGGCACGAUUUUCGAUACGCAAUUUGAUUAUUAUGGAAAACGCUUCGCUACGUGUGGCUCUGAUGGAAAAGUCAAAGUUUUUAUGCUCACAGAAGACCAGCCAGCUCAGAUUUCUGAAAUUAACUAUCAUCAAGCUGCCGUCAUUUCGCUUUCCUGGUCACAUCCCCAGUUUGGCUCUCUAUUAGCCACAGGAAGUGGGGAUAGAAAAGUGGCAAUAUGAAAAGAAACAGCACAAAAUAAAUGGACCCUUAUAUAUGAAUAUGAAGAACAUCUUGCUCCGAUUACUUCUUUAAGCUGGUCUCCUCACGAGUUUGGACUUAUUUUGCUAGCAGGAUCUGCAGAUGGGUGCAUUUCUCUCCUUACUCGGGUAUCUGACGACAGGUGGGAGGCAUCUAAAUUAAUGGCACAUGAAGGAGGGGUUUCUUCAGUAUUUUGGUCUCCUUCAUCCUCAAGAAGCAUUCUUGAUAUCACUGAAAUUCAUAAAAGCUUUGUGACUGGAGGUGCUGAUGGGCUUGUAAAAGUAUGAAGGUGGGAAGAAGAAGAUUUAGCAUUUGAUGUGCUUGAAAAACAUAAGGGAUGGGUAAGAGAUGUGGCCUGGCUUCCUUAUAAGCCGUUUUAUGGGGGUGCAGGUCCAAUUAUCGUGCACUUUUGAUAGUGUGCAUUCCACCGGAGUACAUUUGGUCGAAAAUUAGUUGAAGCUUUUUGAUAGAGACAUUUGACCGAAAAAAAAGUUAAAUUUCGACCAAAUGUGCUUUGAUGAAAUAUAAACUUUCAAAAAUACACUGUGAUUUGGCAUGAAGCCGUUUUAUGGUCAUAGGAUUGUAAGUGCUGGGGAUGAUGGAGAUGUAAUCCUAUGGACUACUGUAGAUGGAAGCUGGGUUUUUAAGGUAAUUUUAAGCUUGAAGGUUGCAGCUUUGAAAAUUUCAUUGAAUGAAGGAAAUCUCUUACUCCCCCCUCCGUGAGCGAACAAAAAAAUUUUGUUCACUCACUAGAAAAAAAUGUUUUCGGAAUUUUAAAAAAAUCCUAAUUUGCAAAAAUUGGAAGCAAAUAUUAAUUUAAUUUAUAAAAAUUUAUGUUUUAAAAACGCAAUUUGUUUAAAAUUAAACAGAAUUAGCUCGAGAUUUCAUUAUAAUAAUUAUCACUUAUAUAUCAAUUUUUUUUUUCAUAAAUUUUUUUUCUAUUAAAAAUAUUUUUCUUCACUCACGAAGGGAGGGCUUUUUAGGCAAAAAAUAGAGAUUUUUCCAAUGGUUUUGUUCACUCGCGGAGGGGGGGAGUUAGGGGUUUGCUCAACUGAUUUUAUUACAAGACUAAUUAGGGAAAAUGAAGAUGAAGAGUGGGAAGUUGUGGCAGAAGCUAACGAAGCAGGAGAGUUCCAAGAAGGACACAUAAAUUAA